AUGGCACGAGACGAGAUAUAUACCUCGAAUGCUGUAUACGAAUCAGCGCAUGGAAUCCUAAGCAGAGGCAUGAACGAAGACAGUGCGAGGGUUUUGAGUUUCCUGAGCGCGUCACUGCGCGCAGCCUCGCGCGCCUCUGGCUCUGGGUCGACGCGGCAGUGCGCGGGGCGCGCUCGACAGCUGCUCCGCUGCAGCGGCUGUCUGCAAGACAUGCUCGACAUGUUGCUUAGCACAACCCCAUUGAAUACAGAAGAUUGGAAACUCGUCUGCGAGUGUCUUGCGGAGUCGUGCAAGGACUGUUAUAAUAACCAACUUCACUGUUUUAGUCUAAUUCCCAUUUGCAUUCAGCGAUUGAACGAGGGGAAUAACGAAUCAAUAUCAACGAAGCUGCUUCACAGUUUAUUAUUGAACAAUAAAAAUAAUAUUAAUAUAUUUGUUGAAUGUAACGGUACAUCAAUCUUUACCAAAGACACAAUCCAUGACAGUGCGAAAAUGGAAUUAUUGUCCGUAGUAGCGGAAAAUGCGUCUGCGGCUGAUAUAAUAAAACGCGACUCAGAUUUGGUGAAUUCCCUUAUCACUGUCGGGGAAGAUUACAAAGUUAACUGUCAGGGAUCUUGGAAGGUAAUCAAUAACUACCAACACUUAAAUUCCCGAGCAGAUUCUUACUGCUUAUGUAUUUAUUUUGCUUAUGAUUUAUGAUAUAAGGUGCGGUCCAAAAGUUUCCGGCCUAACAAAGAAAGGGCCUACAUUUUUUGAUAUAGUCAUCCUCUGUUACAACGCAGUUUUCAAAUCUUUAAAAGCUUCUCUAUCACCUAAUAAAAAUAAUAAAGAUUUUUGUCCUCAAAGUCAUCCUCUGUUACAAAGCAGUUUUCAAAUUUCUUUAAAAGCUUCUCUAUCACCUAAUGAUAAUAAUAAAGAUUUUUCUCCUCAAACUCUGCCUAAACCGCACGGGUCACUUCGUCAGUCGAGUCAACCUUAAGUUUUUAGAACAAAUAAUAGUACCUAAUAAUAAGGGCUAAAGUUUCAUGAACUCAAGGUUUCUCACUCGUCUCGUUGUAAGCACGAAACUAUACUUGCACCAAAAAAGUGGAAUAAAUGACGCACACAAUGAUAUCCAUACUUUACGGAGACUUAGAUUAUUAUAGAUUUCACUAAUAGAAUUUAAAUUUCAGAUGGUAGAAUGGGCGUCAGUGAUUUUGUUCCAUCUAGCAUCGCGUGUUGAAGGUAGUUAUUAACUUAACAUUCUGUCGGGCGUCCUGUACCGCCCUCGUUGGCGGGGUUGUAUUUUCUAAUGAACCAAAUUAUUUUUUGUAUAAUUCACUACCUAUAUCCCUAAAUUAUUUUUUAUAGUAUAAUUAAAUAUAUCUCUAUUGCUCUUCUUCUAGUUCCUUUUGAUCCUUGUCGCAUAGUUUGGCUUUUAUAUAUGUCGCCAGAUCACGAGAUUCCUGGGCAUAACGUGAAACGGCGCCAAAUCAUGAAAUGCCUAAAAGUUGUCCAGGCAUAUCACGAUGUGCCUGAUAAACAAGACGGCUGAUCGAUUAAAGCAACGCAUUCGUCGAUAUUCCUAGCUCUAUAGCGGGCACUUCGUAGAUUAGUUUCUUUCUUGGCCAUUGGUGGUGCUGCGUAUGCGAUGGCGCGGAUGGCGGCCGUGUUUGAUUACCGAGUGAAAAAUAUCGGCGCCACUCUAAAUGAUUUUAGCACCGAAAAUAGUGUGGUUAUUCAAAAUAGAAGUGCAAAAAAAUCUUUUUACUCGUCGACUUUAAUCUGUCAAUUACUAUAAUAUUAAUUAUUGGCUAUAAUUAUUAUAAUUACUAACACACAACAUUAUGGACCUGGUCAAAUUAUUGAAAAGGUUAUUUUAAUAUUUAUUCCAAUUAGGCAAUAAUACAAGUCUCCUUUCAUUUCAUUUGUAAACUACAAAGUUUUUAAUUUAAUAUUGUACUUUAUUAUGG